AUGCCUAAAACAGCCCAAAAAAGAACUAGUGACCACAGCAAGUUGGAAAAAACCUGCACUGGUAUUGAUGAGAAAGACCACGACUAUGUCGGUCCGGCUCUCCAACCGGAGAUUGGUGAAGAGGAUUUCCCGCCGCUCCCGGUAACUCCAAACAUCCUAAAUAACGCCAUAUUUGACAAGGACCACGAUGAGAUGGUGAUUGUGAAGGACAUAGAUGUGUUUUCCCUGUGCGAACAUCAUUUGGUACCAUUUUUUGGAAAGGUUCACAUUGGCUACAUCCCAAACAAAAAAGUGGUGGGACUCAGCAAGCUGGCAAGGAUUGUGGAGAUCUUCAGCCGCCGACUUCAGGUUCAAGAGCGUCUGACGAAGCAGAUCGCCAUGGGCAUAUGUGAAGCGCUGCAGCCAAAAGGCGUGGCUGUGGUUAUAGAAGCAGUUCGCAUGUGCAUGGUGAUGCGCGGUGUCCAGAAGAUGAACAGCUGCACGGUGACGAGCACCAUGCUGGGAGUUUACCUCGAGGACCCCAAGACCCGAGAGGAGUUCCUGGCUCUGGCAAUGCACGCCUAA